AUGUUGCCGGUCACUGAAGACAAUCAACCAGAUCAUACUAGGGCGUCUGCUCAUGGUAUCAGGCUCAGGACUCAGGACAAGAGUAUCUCUGCUAUCCCAGUAGAGGAUCAGGGAUCACUGCACGCCGAGAUGCACAGCCUUUCGAGAGCUCUGACUGACGAACAGAAUAACGCUCGACGCGCUGGUAAUCAGGUCCUGGGAAUUAGCGCUCUAGCUGCUAUUGCCAGUGCUAAUGUCCUCUACUAUCACUUUCUCGGAAGUAACUCGGGCAAUCAUGGGAACCAUUCUACGGAUGUAUGUAGUACCCAGUUCCAGUCAACUAUCGACACUUUGGCUGAACCAACAGUCGGUGCUCAUACCAUUCAACCUACAAAUGAGCAGAGUGGGAUGGGAGAGUAUCUCUAUACCAUGCAGCCCCACCCGACGUGCGACAAAGAUGAAGAACCGAGUAGGAAUGACAUCGAGAAACUCGACAUCUGGGGCACAGGUGAAGUUUGA